AUGUCUCGAGCGGAAGUCAUUUACACGGCCGCUUCUACAAACCGCUUCUUCCAGGCAGCCCAUGUUUCGCCCGACGGCGUGGUCGCGUUUGGCUCAUCCAAGCUGGUAGCUCUAUGGGACACAGAGGACUCCGACGACCGAGGAGUAUACGAGACGCUUCCCGGGCACGAAGGCGCUGUGACCUGCGUAUGCUUCGCCAGCAGCGAUACGUUUGUGAGCGCAGACGAGAAGGGCUGGCGGACGUGUGCAACGCAACAAGCUCACAAGGGCGGAAUCUCGAGCUUAGCGUUGCACGGGAGGUUUGUAGUCACUGGAGCAUCUGACUCCUUGGUCAAAGUAUGGUUGAUGCCUGAGAAAGAGACAGACGCGUUCCAAGAGGUGCAAACUAUAAACAUCCGAAAGGGCUUCCCCAUCUCAUUGGCACUCGCGGAACUACCUGGAACGGAAUCCGUUCUUCUGGCUAUCGGCAGUACUGACAGGAGCAUCCAUCUAUGGACCGGCUCGGAGGGUACCUUUGUCCAAGCAGCUAUUCUGUCGGGCCACGAAGACUGGGUCAAGAGCCUUGCCAUCCGCCCACCCCAAAUUGAAAGCGAGGUUUUGGUUCUGGCAUCUGGCUCCCAAGACGCAACCAUACGCCUGUGGAACAUUGAACCGUUCACCAAGCCUAACUUCGCACCGUCUGGCGGGUCUACAAGUGAUGUAACCGACGAAUUGCUGGACGCAUUUGAAGCCUCCCUCAUUAGCUUGGAAGAUACCGAGGAUGGACGCCAGAUCUCACUAAAACGUCAUAUACUGACCGUCAAAACCGCUCAAAAUAGCUCUCAGCUAUUCUCCGUGACUUUCGAUGCGCUGCUCAUCGGGCAUGAAGCGGGCGUCACAUCCCUCACGUGGAGGACUCAAAACACCCCCAAAAGUCUUCCGACCCUCCUAUCAACCUCGACGGAUUCUUCUCUCAUCCUCUGGUCCCCAUCCACCGUUUUGACUUCUGCCACAGACGGUACCACUCUAUGGAUCAACCGACAACGCUUUGGCGAUAUCGGCGGGCAACGCCUCGGCGGCUUCGUAGGGGGACUUUGGGCGCGAGGCGGGUCCGAUGCCCUCGCAUGGGGCUGGAACGGCGGCUGGCGGAGAUGGCGCUGCGAGUCGCCCGAGGCCGACAAAGAGAACACGAUGGAAGACUGGACGGAGGUCGGCGCAAUUACGGGGCAUCGCGCCCCAGUGCGAAGCGUCGCAUGGAGUCCAGGCGGCGAAUAUCUGAUUUCUGCCAGCCUCGACCAAACAACGCGCAUCCACGGUGCGAUCCCCACCGCACGCCCCGACCGCACGUCCAUCUUGGUAUGGCAUGAAAUCGGACGACCGCAGGUGCACGGGUACGACCUCAUCGGCGCAGCGUUCCUUGAUCCGUUGCGGUUCGUGAGCAUCGCGGACGAAAAGGUCGCGCGCGUGUUCGAAGCGCCUCGUGAAUUUGUAGACGUCGUCAGCAAUCUUCACAUUGCUGACCUGGAUUCGGGCGAGGAGAACCGGCCCCGAGCUGCUGCUGUGCCCCCGCUUGGGCUAUCGAACAAGGCGUUGACAGAUGUCAGUGCCGUGGCGGAGGUCAAUGGUGAUUCCGACGACGCGCGCACACGGCGGCGCCCGUUCGAGGGCGAGCUGGCCGCGGCGACGCUCUGGCCGGAGGUCGAGAAGGUGUUCGGUCAUGGCUACGAGUCCAUCGCGCUUGCCGUGUCCAACAACAAAGAAUACGUCGCGACGGCGUGCAAGGCGACCUCCGCGGACCACGCCGUUGUUCGCGUAUACGAGACGCAGACAUGGCAACCUGUGGGCGAGCCUCUUGCGGGACACAACCUUACGGUCACGCAGAUCGCCUUCAGCCCGGAUGAUUCGCUCGUCCUAUCCGUCUCCCGGGACCGGACAUGGCGGUUGUUUGAGAAGAGCGAAGAAGGCUACGUACCAGUCGCCGCGGAUAAGUCCCACGGCCGAAUCAUUUGGGACUGUGCUUGGGCACCGGAAGGCGAUGCCUUCGCUACAGCGUCGCGCGACAAGACGGUAAAAAUCUGGAAACGUCAGAGCGAGAACAACAACACAUCUUGGACAGCUGUCGCAACAAUCGCAGUCAAGGCCGCUGCAACCGCAGUCGCCUUCGCACCUACCACACCAAAUAGUCAAUCUCGGGCAUUGGCAGUCGGUCUUGAAUCCGGCGAGAUCCUCUUGCACACAUCUUCGCGGGACGAUCCCUCCCAGUGGACGUGCACACUAACGAUCGACACCUCAUCGGCGCACGUCGACCACAUCCACCGUCUUGCAUGGCGGCCCGUGGGCGAUCACGGCGUGCAACAAUUAGCGAGCUGCGGUGAAGAUGGUACAUUGAAGCUAUUGACAGUCCAUAUCGCGGGCCAGGAGUGAGCGCGGCCGUCUGCGACAUGCAGUAGAACUACGACGAGUGGGAGAGCUAUGCAGUAUACAGUGUAGGGGUCGGAGCGGGGCAGGGCAGGGCAAGCGGGAUUAGACCCAAGAGCUGGCUAGUUAACGAGACAAUCGGGGAUAGAUGUAGGAAGGGUAUAACACAGUAGAAUGCGCGGGCGGCGUACGUGCGGGGCAAAUAGAUAUAGGCAGCAUGAAUGGCGGAGAUAGCUUGGACCGAGAAAGCAGGCGUAGGGAUACACAAACAUCGGGGGACGGGGCGUCAAAUCAAACAAUAUCGCGCAGGCUCAUGGGAACUUCGGGGCAUUUAAUCUUGUAGAAGCAUUCUAUAGACCGCAGCAUCUCGACGUCGCCACCGGUAGCGGUGACGAAGUUGACAACCACGCCAGCACGAGAAUAGUUGGGAGCGAUGGCCGGAGCCACGCGGUGUGCGUAUUCCUCGACUGCUUUGGGCAAAUCGUAGUUUAUAACCAGAGGCACCUGCUGCACAUCCGGCGCCUUGACCCCGACAUCGUACACAACCAGAACCUUGGUGGCAGUCGGCCGCACGAUACCCGGAGCGGCCCUGAACUUGUUCAGCGCAGCUAGCUUUACGCCAGCAUUCAUAUCGCCGUGCAGCGGUACCGCUUCCAAACCGCGGCUCGACAGCUUGUACACGACCGCGUCGAGCGCAGCCAUGCCGCCGACGUGGAUGAUCGCCUGCGGGAUAUCGAGGUCGUCGAAUAGGUCGGCGAGCGCGUCGAGCUUCCACUCGCGCGCCUGCGCCGUCUCCGCAUUCGACGCACCGCGCCCCGAGCCGAUUAUGCCGAGCCCCGUCUGCGGGAGCGGCGCGUCCGAGCGCCCGCUCGCCGUGAACGCGAGGUACAGGUAAAACUGUCGCAGCCCGCGCGCGCCCUGGCUCGUGUCCGCGUGUGUAACGUUCCCGUCGCGCCGCACGAGCACGCGCACCGGCUCGCGCAGCUGGAUCGCGGACGCCAGGUUCAGCACGUCUUGCGGGACCGUGUUCGAGAAGAGCGCGGUCUGUCGCUCGAUCGCCUGGCCCUGGCCGUUCGAUGCCUCAGCGGGGGGCGAGAGGCCGACCCCAGAGAACCGGCGUGUGAGGCUCUGCGUGGGCGCGAGCAGCGAGGAGGUGCUGCUGUUCGCCUCCCAGUUGGAGAACGGGUUCUGGUUCGCGGCGCCAGGGGUCGUAGCCCCAGGCGUGCUCGCACCAUUGCCCAGUGUACGCGAACGCGGGGGCGGUAACAGCCUGAUGAUCCCGAAGACCGACUCGUGCAAGUUCCGCGCGAUGAGCUGGUCGACCUCGUCCAACACCAAGAACCGCACAUCAGCGCCGGACAGCCCACCCGGAUUGGUGAACAGCGCAUGGAGCUUCUGCGGUGUGCCGCAGAUGAUGUGUGGGACGUUCUGCUGCAGCAGGCGCAUCUCCUGGCUGAGGUCGGUGUUCGCCGACGCAGAGCCCACGCCGAGCGCGGACUUCACGCCGAUGGGGCCUCCCAGAUCACGAAUCAUGCGCUGCGCCUGUGUAGCCUGAUCCACGGUCGUCGAAAUCAUGACGACGAGAGGUCCGCGGAGGGGCGCGCGCGCGUUCGCCGCGUUCGUCACUGCGAUGUGUAUCGCCGGAAUCACAUAGGCGGCGAUGCGUUCCUGGGUCGGCGGCGCCUGCGCAAUGAUGUCUGCCCCGCGUAGGAGGAACGGGAGGGCACGCUGCUGGAUUUUGUUAGGGGGGCCGACGCCGAAGGUGCUCAAGGACCGCAAGAGCUCCGGCGCGAGGUUCAGCUGCUCCCAUUUCGUUAUCACGGGGCCUCCGUCCCGCGACGAUCCACCGGACAAGCUUUCGCCCCCCAAGGAGUCGCGGCGAAGCAGGCCGCUGACAGAGCGGCGCUUGUCGCGGAAGAUAGAGUCCUGCCGACCCAUGGAUCCCGCAGGGGAGUCGGUGUUGCGCAUGGGAAGAUCCAGCGUGCCCGCGGACCACGUUCGCAUGGGCGGCUGUGGCAUCCGCUGCUGGCUCUGCCUAAUGUCAGGGCGCCCGGGGAGUCCAUGUCCGAGCGAGGCCGAGGCGUUCAGAAUGGGCGCGAGCGCGGUAGACAUGUCCGUUUGCGGGAGCAUCUGUGCAUUGUGCAUCGCGCCAUUGGUCGCUUGGAUUUGCUGAGUCUGCAACGCGAGGAGCUGCCCGACGGACGUAGUCAGCGUGUUCAGCCGGCUAGAGAUCGUGUUGAUGUCGUCCGUAGGCGGGCUCUGGUUAGGCGCGAUAUUGGCGAUAGAUCCGCGUGGUCCAUUGAGCCCGGGGUUCACGAAGCCUUGAGUGGGGUUGCCGGCGGGAGCGAACGGAUUCUUGAACUCGAUCGGAGCGUUCAUGCCCGAGUUCUGGAUACCCGAGUUCGCGUUCAGCGCGCGUUCGACAAGCAGGUCGACCUUGCGGUGGACAUCGCCCAGGUCACGCGCAAUCUCCCUGUUCGACAUCUCCAACCGAGCGAGCCGAUCAAAGACCUCGUUCAUGAGGGGCGACGACUUCAGCUGCGCCUCGAAACUCGUUGACGUGCUGUACUCCAGGCUUGGCGCGAAGUGGCUGCCGGAGUCGAGUGAAGAGACAGGGGAGGACGAGACGAACUGUGGGUGCACAAAGGUCGUCGACCGCACGCUGUUGUUCUCCUGGGCGACCGGUGGCGUGCUCAUACGCUCCCGACUGCGAACAGCCAUCUGGUUGUAGAAGGACGACGAGGCGGCGAGCUGGCCGUUCAUCGCAAUAGGCCCCGAGAGCGGCCCUGGGGUCUCGUCACCAUCCGCGAGGUGCUCAGGGUUCUGCUGGCCGUUCUGGUCGCGCACGGCGUUCUGGUACGCGGCGAACGCGCGCUCGGAGUCGGACUGGCGGAUGGCCGGGGAGUGACGGGAGGUGUCUCCGGGGGACGGGACCUGCAGGCCGGUGUCGUUGGACCUCCGGGGUCGGUCGUCCUGCGGCGGGCUCGGGGAGGACCUUACGGAGCGGUAGUCCGAGGGCGAGAUGGAGAAGGAGGAUGAUGUGCUGUACUGUUGGUCCCGGGAGAUGGUCUGCCGGUAGGCAAGGCCGGGGUUCCCAUCCUCGUCGCUGAGCCGCAUCGCGCCCGGAAAGAAGGGGGUGGAUGCAGGGUUGAGGGCCGGACUCCGCGAGGGAGGAUCCAUGGGAGGGUGGGGAAUUACAGGAGGGGAGACGGAUUCGAAAGCAAGAGGACACU